AUGAGCCAGCCCAGGCCCCGCUACGUGGUAGACAGAGCUGCGUACUCCCUCACCCUCUUCGAUGAUGAGUUUGAGAAAAAGGACCGCACCUACCCGGUGGGAGAGAAACUUCGCAACACCUUCAGGUGCUCCUCAACCAAGUUCAAAGCCAUUGUGUUGGGGCUGCUGCCUGUGCUCUCCUGGCUCCCCAAGUACAAGAUCAAAGACUACAUCAUCCCAGACAUGCUGGGUGGACUCAGUGGGGGUUGUAUACAGGUGCCACAAGGCAUGGCAUUUGCAUUGCUGGCGAACCUUCCUGCAGUCAAUGGUCUCUACUCCUCCUUCUUUCCCCUCCUGACCUACUUCUUCCUAGGGGGUAUACACCAGAUGGUCCCAGGUACCUUUGCCGUUAUCAGCAUCCUGGUGGGUAACAUCUGUCUGCAGCUGGCCCCAGAGUCAAAAUUCCAGAUCUUCAACAAUGCCACCAACGAGAGCUACGUGGACACAGCAGCCAUGGAGGCGGAAAGGUUGCAUGUGUCGGCGACACUUGCCUGCCUGACCGCCGUCAUCCAGAUGGGCUUGGGCUUCAUGCAGUUUGGCUUUGUUGCCAUUUACCUCUCUGAAUCCUUCAUCCGGGGCUUCAUGACAGCUGCUGGCCUGCAGAUUCUGAUCUCCGUGCUCAAGUACAUCUUUGGUCUGACCAUCCCCUCCUAUGCUGGCCCAGGCUCCAUCGUUUUUACCUUCAUUGACAUUUGCAAAAACCUCCCCCACACCAACAUCGCGUCGCUCAUCUUCGCCCUGGUCAGUGCUGUCUUCCUGGUGCUGGUGAAGGAACUCAACGCUCGGUACAUGCACAAGAUCCACUUCCCCAUCCCGACGGAGAUGAUCGUGGUGGUAGUGGCAACAGCUAUCUCUGGGAGCUACAAGAUGCCAAAAAAAUAUCACAUGCAGAUCGUGGGAGAGAUCCAACAUGGGUUUCCCACUCCAGUGGUCCCAGUGGUUUCGCAGUGGAAGGACAUGGUGGGCACAGCCUUCUCCCUGGCAAUCGUGGGCUACGUCAUCAAUCUGGCUAUGGGUCGGACCCUCGCCAGCAAGCAUGGUUAUGACGUGGAUUCUAAUCAGGAGAUGAUUGCCCUGGGCUGUAGCAACUUCUUCGGCUCCUUUUUCAAGAUUCAUGUCAUCUGCUGUGCGCUCUCUGUCACCCUGGCUGUGGACGGGGCUGGAGGAAAAUCCCAGGUGGCAAGCUUGUGUGUGUCUCUGGUGGUGAUGAUCACCAUGCUGGUCCUGGGGUCCUAUCUGUACCCUCUCCCCAAGGCUGUGCUAGGAGCCCUGAUAGCUGUCAACCUCAAGAACUCCCUCAAGCAACUCAGCGACCCCUACUACCUGUGGAGGAAGAGCAAGCUGGACUGUUGCGUCUGGGUGGUCAGCUUCCUCUCCUCCUUCUUCCUGAGUCUCCCCUAUGGUGUAGCAGUGGGUGUGGCCUUCUCCAUCCUGGUUGUGAUCUUCCAGACCCAAUUUCGAAAUGGUUCCACACUAGCCCAGAUCAUGGACACGGACAUCUAUGUGAACCCCAAGACCUACAACAGGGUCCAGGAAAUUGAGGGGGUUAAGAUUGUCACUUACUGCUCCCCUCUCUACUUUGCCAACUCAGAGAUCUUCAGGCAAAAAGUCAUUGCCAAGACAGGUAUGGACCCCCAGAAGAUAUUACUCGCCAAGCAGAAAUAUCUCCGGAAGCAGGAGAAGAGGACAGCGAAGCCCACACAACAGAGGAAGUCCCUCUUCAUGAAAACCAAGACGGUCUCUCUGCAGGAACUCCAACAAGACUUCGAAAGUGCUCCCUCAACUGACCCCAACAACAACCAAGCUCCUGCAGGUGAUGCCAACAUAUCCUACAUCACCUUCAGCCCAGAAUCCUCAGCGGCUGCCUCGUGUGAGCCACCCACCUCCGCUCAGUCUCCCAGGGAGCCUAGUGAUGCUCUAGCCAGUGUACCGCCCUUUGUCACCUUCCACACCCUCAUUCUCGACAUGAGCGGAGUCAGCUUUGUGGACUUGAUGGGCAUCAAAGCCCUAGCCAAGCUAAGCUCCACCUAUGAGAAGAUUGGAGUCCAGAUCUUUCUGGUGAACAUCCAUGCCCAGGUGUACAAUGACAUCAGCCAUGGAGGUGUCUUUGAAGAUGGGUGUGUCCAGCGCAAUCAUGUUUUCCCCAGCGUUCAUGAUGCAGUCCUCUUUGCCCAGGCAAACACUAGAGAAGACCCAGCACACAGCUUCCAAGGGGCUCCAGGAGACACUGAGUUCUCCCUGUAUGAUUCUGAAGAGGACGGUCCCAGCUAUUGGGACUUAGAGCAGGAGAUGUUUGGGAGCAUGUUUCACACAGAGACCCUGACUGCACUGUAAGGGCCCGUUUGGUUCCCAUACUGCCUCCUGAGCACGUGGCACCUGGGAUUUCCACGGACGAUAAGCCCAGGACCACAGGGAGGGGCAGAAAGAAGAGUAUGUCCAUCGGCCAAGGCUCUCGACCCUCUCUCAACUCCAGUCCUCUCUCCUGACUUUUCCUCCCUCCCCAUCUCCCUGGGAGAGAGCCGUCUCAGCCUCUGCAGCCAGAAGAGCCCGUCCUGACAAGAACUGGCAGGGACAAGAUAUGAUGAACCCACCCAUCACCUCCCCUUCUCAUUCAAGCCCAGCCCGGCAGUAAGCUUAUUCUGCCCAUCUACCCGUGCCCUGCCAUGGCAGCUGGUGGACACCUUGCCUUCCGGUCUUAAGAGCGAGACAAGCAGAGAAAGAUAGGGGCAGCUGUGCUGAGCUGGAGCACAGUCCAAACGGGGCUGUGGCCUGGGUGGUUUGGCCUUGGAGGGUUUCAGGCUGUCGUGGGACUCAGGGAUGCAUUGGGUUAGAAUGUGGAAGCUUGUCCCUCCAGUUGCCUUAUAGUUGUCAGCUUUGUGCUUCAAAGACACGGUACUGUCCCCAAUCCAGGCGUCUCUGUCUCUGUGCCCACUUCUCUCAUUGUCCUAAGACUGCUGGGGCCUUCAUUGCUGUCCAGCACUUCAGCCCCAGUGUGGGCAGUGGGCAGGACCUGCAAGACUGUCAGCACUACCUCUCCAGGGACAGAUUUGGCCUCUUGAAUCAUCCCCGCCUGGAUGCUGCUCCAUUCUGGGGAACAGGUGACCAGCAGAAUCCUCCAGCGAUAUGGCAACAGCCGUUCUGCACAAAAUCUUUCAGAAUCCCUCUUUGUACUAGAGACACAGAGAGGGGAACAGGCUGCUACUGCAGACUCAGGACAAACUGGUGGUCCCUGGACCUGACAGUCCACCUGAC